CGUGGCGCGUUGUUGUGAUCUAACAUGGCGGAGAGUAGUGUUGUUGCUGUUCUGUGUCUAAUUUAGCGCGAUAUCAAGCACACACGAGAUAGAAAGAACGAUGCUGAGUGCGUCCGGAUCGUCGAGAGUUCGUAGAAAGUAGAUUUAUAAACGAAGACAGUUGUGUCGUGAAAUUGUGCGACGUGUUCCAGAGUGAAACUCUCGCGAUCCCCGAGGAUAUACACCGAGAACAGGAGAGAAUUCGUCUUCGCAAAGGAUCUCGACGACAAUACCCUCACCCGUUAAAGCCCCGUCCGUCCCUCAUCCUUGGUUUAGAAACGCGUCGUCUUUUUCAAGUUUUCAUUAAAAACAAUUGUGUUUCCCGCGUUAUUAUAUUUACCUGGAGAGGAUCCUUAUGCAACGUUUCACGUAAACACCCUCUGGAAGGAUAACUUUCUCUCCCCCACACCGUGAUUAUUGCAUGUCUGAACAUGCGAUUCAGGUAAUUUCCACUUCGAAAAAAAAAUCUCCCCCAGUCAAAAUUAUUCUACUUUGUGUUUUCAAGUUUUACCAAAAAAGCAGUUAAAAGUCCUUGAAAAAACGAGUUUAAAAAACUUUGAUCAUCGAGUGUAAAUAUUCCUUGGAGGCAUAUUUUUUAAAUUCCUCACCACAACAUUAUUUUUAUCAGUGAAAUUUACAAAUGACUUCCACGGCGAAGAUUCAGAGCAUUAACUGGACUAUUUCGAUAUUUUUAAUUUAAUUAAUUUAAUGCGGAAAUUAGGUAUUAAAAUUAAAAUUCACAAAUAUGAUCAUUGAAUUGAGUGUGAUGAUGAAUUGGUAAAAUUGUGAACAAAUUGCGGCACUUAGUGAAUUGAAAAAGAAAAGUGAAGAAGAUACGAAAAAUAAGUGAGAAACGUCAAAGUAAUGAUAGUUAGUCUAGGGUAGAUUUGAACCCAUAGAAAUCAUUUUCACCAUGACAGACACACGUAGAAGAGUUAAAUUGUACGCACUAAAUGUAGAUAGGCAAUGGGACGAUCGUGGUACUGGUCACGUUUCCUCAUCGUAUGUCGAUAGACUAAAAGGAAUUUCCCUUUUAGUUCGAGCUGAAAGCGAUGGAUCCGUCUUGCUUGAAAGUAAAAUUCAACCAGAUACAGCAUAUCAAAAACAACAAGAUACCUUGAUCGUAUGGUCGGAAGGGGACAACUUCGAUUUGGCAUUGAGUUUUCAAGAGAAAGCCGGUUGCGAUGAGAUAUGGGAGAAAAUAUGCCAGGUCCAGGGAAAGGACCCGUCGGUGGAAAUAACUCAAGAUAUCGUCGAGGAAUCGGAAGAUGAGCGAUUUGACGAUAUGUCGGAUUCGGCGCCACCAAUUGAACUCCCACCAUGUGAAUUGGCACGCCUCGAGGACAUAAAUGAAUUAAUUGGCAAUUGUUUACCAUCACCUGUGAGAAAAGAAAAAUUGGCCAUGGCCCUCGAAUCGGAGGGUUAUAUAAAAAAAUUACUAAACCUCUUUCACACGUGCGAGGAUCUCGAGAAUACCGAGGGCCUCCAUCAUCUUUACGAUAUUUUCAAGAAUAUUUUUCUCCUCAACAAAAAUGCCCUUUUUGAAGUGAUGUUCAGCGAUGACACAAUAUUCGAUGUGGUCGGUUGUCUUGAGUAUGAGCCAACGUUACCACAACGCAAAAGGCAUCGAGAAUAUCUUCAGCAACUCGCACGAUUCAAGCAGGCAAUUCCAAUAACAAACGCCGAAUUAUUGGCGAAAAUUCAUCAGACCUAUCGCGUUCAAUAUAUUCAAGAUGUUGUUCUACCAACGCCAAGUGUCUUUGAGGACAAUAUGCUCAGUACAUUGAGUAGUUUUAUUUUCUUCAAUAAAGUGGAAAUUGUCACUCUCAUUCAGGAUGAUGAGAAAUUUCUCACCGAACUCUUUCGUCAAUUGACUGAUGAGGCAACAUCCGACAGUAAACGACGUGAUCUCGUUUUGUUCCUCAAGGAAUUUUGCAAUUACUCGCAAAAUCUUCAACCCCAGGGGAAGGAGGCUUUUUAUAAAACACUUACCGCCUUGGGCAUUUUACCCGCACUUGAAAUCACCCUCGCGAUUAAUGAUACACAAACAAAAACGGCGAGUAUCGAUAUUUUGACCUAUAUCGUUGAAUAUUCACCGAGUGUCGUGCGUGAUUAUACAUUACAGCAAAUUAAUAAUACCGAGCAAGAUCAAAUGUUGGUGAAUGUUGUUGUUGCACAAUUGGUGAAUGACACUGAUCCUGAAUUAGGCGGAGCUGUACAACUUGCUGGCGUGCUACGUCUUCUUCUCGAUCCAGAAAAUAUGCUCGCCUCUGUAAAUAAAUCGGAGAAGGCUGAUUUUUUGCAUUAUUUUUAUAAGAACAGCAUUGGCACGUUAAUUGCCCCAUUAUUGGCGAAUACUGUCGAUGAAAAACCGGCGAAAGAAGAUUAUCGAACGGUACAAUUGCUUGGCUUAAUUCUUGAGCUUUUGUCAUUUUGCGUUGAACAUCAUUCGUAUCAUAUAAAAAAUUGCAUUAUGAAUAAAGAUUUGCUCAGAAGAAUAUUAGUCCUUAUGAAAUCAACGCACACAUUUCUUGUGUUAUGCGCAUUGAGGUUUAUGAGGAAAAUUAUUGCAUUAAAGGACGAGAUUUAUAAUAGACAUAUUAUUAAAGGAAAUCUAUUUGCGCCAGUUUUUGAUGCAUUCGUCAGGAAUAAUGGGAGAUACAAUCUUCUUGAUUCGGCCAUACUUGAAAUGUUCGAGUUUAUUAAACUCGAGGACAUCAGGUCAUUAUCUUCGCACGUUGUAGAAAAUUUCUCGAAACAAUUGGAAACUAUAAAUUAUGUUCAGACGUUUAAGGCAUUAAAAUUGAGACACGAUCAACAUCAGGCUAAACUCAAGGAUCGAGACAGAUCUGCACUCGAUAGUGUACCAUCGAUAUUGAGAAAUAGUCGGUACCGACGAGAUCAGCGACAACUUGACGAGGACGAGGAAAUGUGGUUUAAUGAAGAGGAAGACUUUGAUGACAGCGAGGCCGUAGUUCCUGCUGCCGCCGCUGAUUUAGUGCCACCUGCUUCAGCAAAAAAGCAACCGCCAUCACCGAAUUCAUCACCAAAUCCCGUUCCGGCUGAUCCAAAAAGUCAACAACAACAGACUGUUCUUAAUAAUAAUACUUCCAGCAAUACUGUCAACACACCGCAAACACCGAUCAACAAUAGUGUCCCAAUUGCCAGUGAGUCACCUGUCAAUGUGGAUAUUAGUCCCAGUACCGCUGUCAGUUCCACUGAUAAAACAGGAGCAAACAUUUUCAAGAAGGGAUUGGUCGAUUACGAGGGCGAUUCAGACGAAGAAGAAGAGGACUCAGAAUUGAGUCCGUCGCCAAAACGGCAACGGAUGUCAUAGUAGGCGAACUGUCAAUCGGUAACACGAGUGCUGUGACAAUUAGUUGCCGUAUUCUCUUAAGUACCCGCGUUAAAACGGAUCGUUCAUUUCGUUCAAAUUUGAUUUUUCGUUUUCUACACACUUAAAAAAUGGUAGAACGAAAAUCAGGAACACGUCGUCGUCGCCGUCGUCGUCUUUUUUUUUUUUUUUUUAAAGUGAGAGAGAGACAACGUAUCAAGCGGGAUACUUAAAAAUAUAAAUAUAUAUAUUAAAAGAAAAAAAAAAAAAAAAAAGAGGAAUCCAGAAUUGAUUAGAGAAGAGAGAAAAAAAAGAGAGAGAAAGAAAGAAAGAGAGGAAAGAAAGAAAGGCAGAAAGGUAUUUAAAAACAAAAAAGUGAAUGACGGACCUUUAAAACGCAUGUUUGUCAGAAUUAUUAUGUACAGUAUGAGAGAAUGAGAAAAAUCAAGCAAAACUGAAGUAAAGACUAAUAGAGAUCUCCAAAAGGGGCUGUUUUUAACACGAGAGAAAAAAAAAAGAAAAAGAAAGGAAAGAAAGAAAACUGUGAAAUCGCGGGAACAUCGAUAGUGGAUUUUGUUUAAGAACUAUUACGGGACUGUCUUGAUAUCUUCGUAAGAUAGAGAUAAGAAUUUACACGAGUGUAUUCAAUUAAGAGAGUGUGAGAGAGAGAGAAAGA